AUGGAACUGAGGGAUUACUCCCGUCGCGAUCCAACAUCACCGCCCGAGGAUUGGGAACCAACGAGUCCUUCCAUUGCCAGGAAGCCUAUAGGCGUCACCAAACUAUCCCCCUCACCAUAUACCUCCCCCGAUUACGCCACGACAUCCUUUUCCCAGCGAGCAGGUCAACAACCCUUCCUGCCGCGACAAGAUACAACCGACACAGCUUACUACAGUACCUCAACACCAUUGGGAAUAUGGGAGCCCUCAGCCCCUCAUGCGCCGGGCUACGGACGACCGCAGCCUUAUAGAGAGGAUAGUCAAGCUUCACUCUUGAUGAGCGGCGAUGGUCCACGAAAUCCUCCUCCGAAUAUGCCCCAGGACGGUCAAGGUCCCCCUCCGCAGACUCCCCCGCACAAUAAUGGAUUUUGGGACUGGUGGCAUCACAAUUGGAGGCCCUCUUGGAGCAUGUACAUUCUCGUCUUGUCGGGAAUUGCUUUUGCUAUAGGCCAUCAUUUCUACUACGACGCCCUUCACGGCAAAGUCGCAAACGACCAGCAGGGCAAGCUUCGAUAUGGCGCACUUCUGGCCUUUUUGUCAAAAGCCUGUUUCCUCAAUGCCGUCGUCCUAGCUUUCCGCCAAAGAGUCUUAAUGAUGAUCCGUCGCAAGAUGCUUACACUGGCUACUCUUGACUCGCUUUUCGCAGCGUCCGAAGACCUAACAGCUUUGCUCAAUUGGGAGGCCUGGGUAAAUGCCAAGUUCGCCAUGGCUCUGACAAUAUUUAUCUGGACGUCGCCUCUAAUUGUUAUCUUCACAUCCUACACCCUUACCGUUAAACCUCAGAGAAAGGAGGAGACAACGCAAUGCGCAAACAUUCGCACACUAAAUUUUGAGCACGAGAAGACUGUUUACUGGAGAGAUCCAGCCAGGGUCAAUGGUUACUUUGAGACUUCUACAUGUCUUUGGAACACGACCGCACCGGGCGAUACUAUCAACAAAACUAAUCCCAACGAAUUUGACUAUUACAUCGCCAACAGUCAACAGUUCGAGUCCAUUGCUCUCAAGACGGCAUACGCACAGCAAGCUAUUAUGCGACCCAAGGCGCCAGAAGAUAUUUGUGGUACAGGUUGGAAUUGCUCCUACACCAUUGAGUUUACCGGUCCGGGAUACAAAUGCACAGACUUGGCCUCGGGAACUGACGCAGAAGUCAAGAAGCUCGGUGACGCAGAGUGUCCUUUCGACACAUCCGUCCUUGCACCCCUGGGAAAUCUAACAUAUUAUGCAAUGCUCGACCGAGGCGAUUAUGAGAACCCGCAAAUUUUGGCAACGGCGGGCGGAAGACCUAAGCAGAAACCACCAUAUCCAAAAAACCUGGGUGCCUUUCGAACCGAACCCAUUCUGUGGUUUGGCUAUACUGAAGUCGACGACAGAGACAAGCCUCAGCCUCCAGAGCCACGCAAAGGCGACUGGUACAAGGCUUAUACCCCGACCAUCUUUGGAUGCGAGCACUACCAAACCGAGUACAAAGUUCGAUUAAACUACACUGGCGGGGUUCAGUCCCACAAUGUGACGAGCCGCAAGUUCAUCAGAAAGGUGGUCGACACGACCUUUUUACCUGGCAAAAAGGAUCCCGACAAAAGACUUAAAGACCGAACCAUGGCGGAACCCGAAGAGAAUUAUGUAUAUCCUCAAAACAUUUCAGAUUAUCGACUGACUGCUGCGUACCAUGCUGUGGGAUACCAGCUGCGAGCGAUUCUGAACGGCACCACGACGAUGCCACAUUUUAAUGUCAAUAGCAAGAUCCUCCAGACGAGACUUGUUGAUCGCCUCAAUUAUCUACCCGUCAAGAACUUUCCCCUCGAAGUGCAAAAGUUUUAUGAGGAGAUUUUAAUAUCGUUUCUGUCUGAUCCGCAGAUGUCUGCUGUUUCAUGGGCCGCCAAACCCUCUAAUUACUCUGGCACGGUCAAGAGCGCGAAAGGAUUGGAAUACCCUUGUGUAAGAUGGCAAGAAAGGAACUGCUUCUUUUACAAUUUUGCCCAAUUAUGGGCAGUCUAUGCGAUCUCCAUGGGUAUCACAAUCCUGGCGGUCGCAUCAGGUGUGGCGGCAAUGGAAGAGAACGCCAUCAUGCGAAGCUUGAGCUUCUCAGCUAUUCUUGCCGCGUCGAGAGCUUCUAGUCUCGAUAAACUACGAUGGGAACAGGAGGCUGAGCUCAAGAGUCGAAAAAUUGGAUUUGGAAUCGUGGCAGAUCCGACUGGAGAGAGAACAUACUCGUUCGGUGUAGAGGGGGAUGUCAGUCAGGAAAAAGAGGCCGCGGUGGCUACAGGGCGCUCGCCGGGUAUCUCGGUGAUGAACUGGGGUGACAGGGCAGCGCGCAGAAUGAGUUAUGCCAUGUUGAACAAAAGAGACAGACCUGAAGAUUAG